ACGAAGUCAUAGUUGAAAAAAGUGGAGGGAAUUCGAACCCCGGGCAAAGCGAGCGCAGUGCAAUGUCGACGAUGAGACGCCGCCACCGAAUCGUCUGUUCAUCCGACGAAGAAGACGAAGAGGAAGUGGCUCCACAGCCUCGACAACCACCGCGAGUCGUGGAGGAAGACGAUUCCACAACCGCCAAUCUCAAUUUCGAAACUGUAACCCUCAAUUCCCCCGCCCCUCCCACUCCCCCUCCCUCAUCCGAAGUCGCCGAUUGCGCCGUUGGCCGCGUCUUGCAAGAGAUGGGGCUCCGAUUGCGAGUGGAAUGGCUGCAGUCCUGCCUCGCCCAAUUAGAGGGCUCCAUCCGGGGAUUUCGGGCCUUCGACGACGCAACCAAGGCUAAGCUGUGCUUCCAGCAAUUCCUCUACUCGGAUAUGAAUUUAUCAGGUGCCGGGGAGCUCCCUCUAAACGUCCACACCUUGCAUUCCGUUGAUCUCAAAGGCCCCUUUGUGCUUCAGGUGGACGAGAUAGUUAAUAUCAGCUGUCCUCUAAGAGGAAGGUACCAAGAAUCAUCUGCCGGAAUCAAGAGGUGCCUCAAAUUGUCAAUGACAGAUGGCAUGCAACGCGUGUUUGGCAUGGAAUACAGGCCCAUAAAGGGGCUUGAUGUCAUGGCUCCUGCUGGGACUAAGGUUGCCAUUUGUAAUGUCAAUGUAAGGCAUGGGCUCUUAAUGCUGGUCCCUGAAGUUUUUGAAAUUUUGGGUGGUAUGGUUGAAGAGUUGGAGGGAGUGCGCCAGAGGCUUGUUAAAGAAGUAAAUAAGCCACCAAGGGGAAAAAGAACAAGAAAUGGAGUUGUUCCUCCUUUAGCAACUAGAUUAACUCGUGCCGCAUGGCCUGUAGAAGGUGCUAGUGCUCCAGAAUGCCCUGAUGCUCCCAAAGGAAGUGAUCGACCUCCCCUGUAUCAAGAGAGAGGAACCUUGUCUGGAACCCAUGCCAGUAAUAGGUUUGGAGAUGUUGCAGCUCCCAUCAGGAGGGAAGAUGCUGAAACUGAUCUUUCAUUUGUGGAGGCUAUGGAUAUAUCAAGUAUCCCUGCCAGUAAUAGGGUUGCUGCUCUCAGCAGGAGGGUAGAUGCUGAAAGUGGCCUUUCACCCAUGGAGGCAAUGCAUGCGUCUAGCACUGCUGCAGUUAGUUGGGGAGAUGUUGAAGCUUCUAUCAGUAGGGAAGAUACUGAAAUUGGCCUUUCACCUAUCGAGGUUAUGGAUGUUGAGGAAAGCCAUAUGGUUGACAUAGAAACCAUGUCUACGAUCCCUUCCAGCAGCACCACUGGAGAAGAUAUUGCAGUUUCUGUUCACACAGAAGAUUCUGCACCUAUUUCACUGCCUAAUGGAGCUAUGGAUGCUGAAGACAUUGAUUCCAUUGAUGCAGGAAUUGUGUCCGACACUCUUGCACAAGGCAGAACUCAAAGUAACAUUCCAGUCCAUAUCACAACUGUAGACUCUGAAGAUGAAUUACCUACUGAAGCUAUAGAUGCUGAAGAAGUUUGUAUGGCUGAUGAGUUGGAGCACCCGUAUAUCCUUACUGGAGACAAGGAAAUACCUUUUACUUACAUGGCUUGUUUGUCAGCUAAGUGGGCGGCUGCUAAGGAUAAAACUUCCUCUGUAAAAGGAAAAAUCAAGUGCUUUUUUACUGGUGUGAAGGGUUUUCGAUAUCAACGAAGGAGUACAUAUGAGCUUAGAGUUUACGUUGAUGAUGGAAGCCUCAUCUCUGAGAUACUUAUUGAUCACAAUGUUGUGCAAAAAGGAACUGGUUACUCUCCUAUGGAAGUAACUAAUGCUCUUGCUUCUUCAGAUAUAAAGCAACAAAACGACAUGAAAGAAACUAUGAAACAAUUCCAGAGAUUCCUUGAGAAUUUUGAGGGAACAAUGAUUGUAGAGAUGAAUAAAGAAUCUCCAUUCCCAGUUGCCACUGAAAUGAACCAGGGGUGUCCUGCUUCCGAUGCUUGGCUGCUUCUUAGGCGACUGCAAUCCUUUACUUCGGUGCAAUUACAGCCUCAUCGCGGCUCAGAUACUAUUCAUCUAUCCCCUUAAUGUACUUAUGCAUACUUAAAUUCAGUUAAUUGUGUGAUCAAGCAUUUGAGAGCUAAAUUGCAACAUUUCUUUCCUUAGCAAUUAAUUUUUAAUUUUAUCCUAUAUUUAGAGCUAAAAAGAAUGGAAUGAAAGUUAUAGGAUCAAAUGUAUUUAUAAUCAAAAGAUUUCAUUACGGUUUCAUUCA